AUGUCAAUAAAAACUUUCUUAAUUGAGAAGAAAGACUUGGAAGGUGGUUUGGUUCACCCUUCUGGUACUCUGCUGCUCAAAUUGAUAGGGCAAGAGUCUAUUAAGGCUUCAAUGGCUAGCCUCAUGACUGUUUUAAGUCUGUCUCCUGACGAAGUGGGUUCUCUCUAUAGAUUCGAGAACCCUUUCGUCUGGUUCUUAGUUCCCAAUAGUCCAAGGGUGAGAGCCCGUAUUCUAGGAAAGACUUUUGGGACUGAAAGCACCCUCAAAGUUGAAGUUUCAACCAUUGAGGAUGAAAAAGUAAAAAUUACACUGCAUUGGGUGGCACCCACUAUUGUAAAAAACAAAAUCAUUGAGAUUUUCCAAUCUUUCAGUGAAGAAGGCUCCAAAGUAGAGCCUGUCAAGUUAGGCAAUUCGGACAAGUGGGCCGCUUGGUUGAAAAUCAAGAAAGGGACAGAAGUCCCUCAUUACAUCCACCUGAAAUAUGUAGAUGAUCCCAGAGUAUAUAAAGUGCUUAUCACCAUUCCGGGGAGAAGACAGCAAUGUUGGCACUGUGGACAAGACAAACACUGGUCAAAUCAGUGUCCAAAUAGGACCACCCUGAAAGGGAAGGGAAAAAUCCUCGAUAAAAAACAGGAGCACAAUGCUAAAGGUACCUAUGCCUCGGUCCUGAGGGGGGAGGAACCAGUAGAAAAAAGUACUAAACAAAACGCACAAAAUGAAACACAAAAGGACACAUGGCUAGAGAGAGAUGGGUUUACUUUGGUGGGUAACCACAAAAGGGAUGGGGCCGUGGCCAACACAGUAGACACAGAUACAAAAGGUGGGGAUCUCUCCCCUACAAAUCCUAUCGAUAAGAAAAAAACCCACAAAAAAAUGAAAACGAUGGGGGACAGUUCAACACCAACUUCCCCUACCAAAUUGACAAGAAAAAGAACGCUAUCCUCCUCUUCAGACGACCCUAACGGGGACACACAGCUAGAGAGGACGAAUGAAGAUCCUCGGUUGGAGGAAGAGAGAGGGGAAGAAGAGGGGGAGAUCGAGGAGAAUUCUUCCGACUCCUCGACUAAAUUAGUAAUAGACGAGGGGGGAAGCCCCACAUCCAUACAGUAAAUAAACAACAAAACAGGUUAAUGAAAAACAUUUUAUAAAAUGAUCACAAACAUUCAUACACACCCACACUCAUAUACACACAACCCAUCAUCACGUAUUCAUGGCAGACAUUAAAAUCUUAACUCUCAACAUCCGUAGCUUAAAUAAUAAACAUAAAUACAUAGUAUAUCUCGCUAGAAAAUAUAAACCGGAUUUUAUUUUCCUUCAAGAAACAAAUACUUCUACCACAUAUCAAGCAAAACAAACUACAACACACAUGGGAUUCAUGGGAGGUUAUUUUAGCUUAGGCAGAGACUAUAAGGGGGUAGCCAUCUUACAAACAUCCGAUAGAUACAAAAUCACACACACUCACAACGACAACAAUGGGAGGGUAGUAAUACUUAGAGUAGUUUCACAAGAACAGAAAUACACACUAGUCAAUAUCUACGCACCCGCUCAGAGAGGGAGAGAAAAACGUGAGUUUUUCCAAAACCUCAAUGACACACUACAAACCAUAAACAUAGAAGAACAACUAAUAAUAGGAGGGGAUUUUAACUUUAUAGAGGCACAGUUAGACAAACAAUACAAACACACACAAUAUCCACCCUCUCAGCCGGUAGCAGAAACACACAACUACAUGGGAGAAAUAGUAAACUAUUUCCACCUGGUGGAUGCUUAUAGGAAAUUAGAACCGAAUGGCAAGGAAACUACAUUAAGACACAGAUCCUACCAGGUGGAAAUAGUUUACUAUUUCUCCCAUGUAGUUGUGUGUUUCUGCUACCGGCUGAGAGGGUGGAUAUUGUGUGUGUGUGUAUUGUUUGUCUAACUGUGCCUCUAUAAAGUUAAAAUCCCCUC